AUGUCCAUCGAGAAGGAGGAAGGAAACAGGAUUAUUUGCAUGCAAGACUUUCUUCGGCAAUAUUUCGUAUCUGAAAGUGUUAGCAUUCAGUUUGGGUUAAAUAACAAGACUGUUCGAAGAAUAAAUGAGGAAGAGUUUAAUAAAGCAGCAAAUUGCAUCAUAACAGAGACAAGCAAUUCUGAAGUAGUGUUGAAACGGACAGCUUCAAACUACAUUCUAAACAGUUGCCGCAAGAAACCUACAUUACUAUCCCUUCCGUUUAUUAUAGACGAUUCACACUGCAUGUCAAAAGUGGUAGAGAAUAAUAACGAUACCAGUCUUUUGUAUAGUGAUACAUUAUAUGGUGACGAUUCUUUGACCCAAAGAAAUGAGCAAAUAAAAGAUGUACUAGAAGAUGAGUUCAGUUUUACUUUACUGCAAAGUGAAGCAAAUGAAAUGAUGCCAGUAUCCUCAUCCAGUACCCCUCAAAUAUUACAGUCAGAUUAUUCUGCGGCGCUGCAUGAGGCCCAGGCAUCAAACGGGAGCAUAUUCCAGUUUAGCAGCCCAUAA